GCCUCCCCGUCAGGGGACCGUUCACUUCCGCGGGAGGCGGGAGCGAUUGUUCACGCCUGGAUCCAACAUGGCGGCCAACGCGACUACCAACCCGUCUCAGCUCCUGCCGCUCGAACUUGUGGACAAAUGCAUAGGUUCACGCAUUCAUAUUGUGAUGAAGAGUGAUAAAGAAAUCGUUGGAACGCUUCUAGGGUUUGAUGACUUUGUCAAUAUGGUGUUAGAAGAUGUUACAGAAUUUGAAAUUACACCUGAGGGCAGAAGAAUUACAAAACUAGACCAGAUUUUGCUAAAUGGAAAUAACAUAACAAUGCUGGUUCCUGGAGGAGAAGGACCUGAAGUAUAAAUUGAUCCAUUUGUCAUCUAUGAAGACAAGUUAUAUAUGUAUUCUAAAUAGAGCUUUUGGGGUGUGGGUGUGUGUGGGGAGGUUGUGUUCCGUUUUUACACACAUUUCAAGUUGAUAUUUGAUAAAAGACAAAGAUUUCCUCUUCAGGAAAGAUGCACUGCUAAUGCUGACUUUGUAAGUUGAAAUCAUGACUUUCUUGUAAAGGCGCACUAAUCUGUUCUGAAUAAAAGGCUUUCUUUUUGUUAAUUAUUGCGUUUAGCUAUGUAAGUGCACAAGUUUGAGAUGAUUUUGCAACUGUUUCAUGAAAUGGAAAAGAAUAGCUUAUGUUCCAGUUGCUGUCAAUCAGUCUUUAGUUUUCUCUCGCUGUUGCCUAUAUGUUGCAAGUCUAUGUAAACGUUCAUGAGCCAAGAUGUUGUACUUCUUUGGAGUACAGGCAGAGAUUAAGCUGGAUCAUUUGUUUAAACACUACUUGAGGCUGAAUCACCUGAAACCAAGGUGAAUGCUAUGAAGUGUAGUAGAAUUCUGAGAAGUUUGCAGAGUGGAUGCAUCUUUCUGAAGUUCAGGAUCCUCUGGUUCUGCUGUCACAGAAUAGUUGGGGUUGCAAGGGACCUCUGGAGAUCAUUCAGGUUCAGCUCUCUUGAACUUCUUUUGCUUGGUAGAUACACCUUCUUACAGUAAAGACACUUUCAUCAUCAUCAUUAAUCAAGAAAAGACCAGGCCUAGUUCAUGUUUGGGAAAAGGCUAGUCUUACAACUUUUCACUCAUGUUACUGGAGACUGCUUUUUCACCACUAAGUGGUGCUGUGUAUACUUACUUAAAUUAGAAGCUGCCCAGGCUUGCUUGCAUGGUUUAGAGUAGUCAUUUCAGAGUAAAUAUGUUCUUUUGGACGUUUCUGUGAUCCAAACAGAAACAUGACAGAUAUUGGAGGAAACCUCUACUUUGGAAGAGGCUCGAUAAAGGAAGGAACUGGUGUAUUUAUUUUAUCAUGAUGGACAAGAAACUAAUGUGAUUAUAAAUUAUGUCCACUGCAGCUUAUGCUUCCAUAAUGCCCUACUCUACUGAUUUCUAUGUUUAAAUCUGUUUGGAGAAGAUUCACAACUCCCUGCUGUUACUACAGAGACAAGCAGGGUAGAAUAUGGUCUCCUAGGGAUAGUGAAUGCCUUGCCUUCUUCCCAUCACUAGAAGAGGAAAGAAGAGUUGAAGAAAGGGGCUCAGGAGCAGGAGACUGCAAGGAAGUUGUAUUAGAUCCUCUUGCCCCGCUUUGUCUGAGAAAAGUCUUCUGUUAGCUGGGUCUUAGCUUGAAGUAUAUUGAGAAGGACUUCUUGUUUUGGCCUUCUAAGGGGAAAAGACACCCCCUCUCUUCCCUCCCACAGGAACAUGCUACAUUAAGAUCCAUUUGCUUUGAAUCUAUGAACUGCUUUUGUGCUGCUCAGAUUAGACAGUGACAGUGUAUACCCUUGGCUCUCUGAAUGGUUUUUAAUUUUUUGUCCCUCCUUCCUUCUUCAAAUUUUUUUAAUAUAUCAUCAGAAAAUCAGGGUUUUUUUUUUUUUUAAACUUUCAUUUGAUUAGAAUCAUUUCAUCUGUUGGUUUUAGCUCCCAAAUACUUUGUCAGUUGAGUUCUUUUCUCAGAAAGCUUGAUAGAUAGUAUAAUACUAUUUUUAGUCUCUCUGUCUGUCUGUCUCCCUCUCUCUUUCUUGCCUUUGUAGUCACAAUGGGAGAUACACUUGUGCAAAAGCUAUCUUGUAGCUAGGCUUUCUUGUGAAGGAUGUUGUAGUGAUUGCUUAAUGACUGAAUAAAACCUAUUUUAAAUGCA